UUACCAACAUCUGCAUCUGUCCAAACAAAAUUCCGAGCACUAGCUUCUCGUCGAUGAAUACUUUAACCAGGACGAGCCCAAGGAGAAAAAAAAACCCAAAAAACAAAUAUGUUUAUUUGUGGGGCUGAUAUGUUCAUCGAUUUUCCCUGUUUCGAUGGUAACACUAACCGGAUAAAAAUGGCGGUGCAUCGAGUUGUCAGUGUUUGUGACUGGGCACCACCCCCUUUCACGUUAUUCCAUGAAACCUCGGGCAGUUUACACUGUCCAUUGCACCUAACGACACACAUGUGGUGAUAAAUCAGAAGAUGAUUUUACUGUCUUAUGAAUAAAGACUGGUGUUGAUUCAGCGAGAGGGUGAUGAUGAGUGUAACGAGUGUUCUUUCGACGGCUGAUGUGGAUUAAUGGGGUAAGGAGAGUGGUGACAUUGUUGAUGACAGGGACAAUGUGGUUGUCACUGGGAAUAUCGAUAAAUUAUUGUCUGUGGUAAUUGUUCAAGGCCAGUGGGGAGUGAUUGUGGGGAAAGUUGGGGGAUGGAGAUGUUUCGGGGUUCCAGGAAGUGAGGCCAUGAGGUGAGGCACAUGGCGACUGGGGACUGAUUAGAGAAUAUCUAUGGAAUGCCAUGGCACGGAGACGAUUAGUCGGUACAAAAAUGUCAAAGCGACUGAGCUUUUACGGCCUGGUUGCACUGGCCGCUCUUUGCAUACUCUUCAUUGUAGUCAACCAACGAUACACCAAUUAUAUCGAGCACCGUCUCCAACCGGUCAUAUCGGUAUUUUUAGCGCGUAAUAAUCUAACAUACAUGGAGAUGCAAGAUGUGAUAGAUCAGCAGCGAAGGAUGAUCGAGAGAGAUAUGGAGGACUACGUUUACCCCCGUGGAAAAUACGGUAUAAACAUCAGCAACUUGGAUGAGCUCACCAUGGAAAAAGGUGGAAGACCGAUGAGAAGCGUGAUAAUUGCCACAUGGAGAAGUGGCAGUACCUUCGUCGGUGACGUAAUUAAUGCUCAUCCAGCUAAUUUUUAUCACUACGAGCCAUUGCUGGACUUUGGUAUCGUACAAGUCAGGGGGCCCCCACUUGCCCAGGAGGCAAUUUAUAAUAUUUAUGCGUUAUUUGAUUGUGAAUACCAUAAACUUGAUAAUUAUCUCAAUUUUGGUAAAACACAUCCAUGGGUGUUCAACCACAACACACAUCUAUGGAGACAGUGUCAAGGUCAUAAAAAGCUCUGCUGGAAUCCAGAGUUUGCGUCCAAGCUGUGUCGAUUAUUCCCAUUUCAAUCUAUGAAACUCGUCAGACUGCGACUCAGUGUCGCAGAAGUUCUCCUCGAGGACACAAGCUUGGGAAUUCGACUGGUUUUGCUGGUGAGAGAUCCGAGAGGUUUAUUACAAUCGAGGAAGCACAGAGACUGGUGUCCAACGAGCCCAGAUUGCUCGGAGCCAGCUAGAAUCUGUGCUGACAUGGUAUCGGACUUCGAAUCUGCUGUUAAGUUGAGUGAGAAGUACCCACGAAAUUUCAAAGUUAUCAGAUACGAGGACUUGUCCCUAGAUCCAUUUGCUCAUGCCAAGGAACUCUACGAAUUCUACGGCCUAGAUUUUCACCCCAAUGUCCAGCGUUUCCUCGAGACUCACACAAAGACUGACGCGGGUGGUGUUUCCAGUACAUUUCGUAACUCAAAGGCAGCACCAUUUCACUGGCGAAAUGACCUGGAUUUCGAGGAGGUCCAGGAAAUACAGAGUGUAUGCUCAAACGCAAUGAGACUGUGGGGCUACAAAUUCGCCUUGAACGAUACACAUCAAAAGAAAUUCAAUCCCCUUAUGGAUUAUCAGCUGAUAUUGUGAUUCAUUUCCCUCCAAUGGCCUUCACCUCCUCACCAAUUGAGUGAGUCAAAUUUAAUCUGUCGAUACUUGCCAUUUCCCCAAUUGAAAAAUGUCUCACAAGACUGUACAAAUGACGAUUGUUAGUUUUACUUCUCCACUGAUAUCACCGUAGUCAAUGCUGGUGAGACUCUCGGGACAAAUUUCCGGUUUUCUUGAAGAAUCUAUCAUCAAAAUUUCCCGUCUCCAAGAUUUCUUUGUCUCCUGUGAUGCCUGGGGAAGUAUUUCAACAAACACCAACUCUAUCAUUUUCAUUUUGAGGUUAGAGUGUCAAUAAUGAGGAUUAUGCUUUUGGGAAUUUACCGCUCAGUACCACCGAAAUCACAAAUUUAUUUCUCCUGGAGAAUACCCGUGAUUAACCAGCAGUUAGAAUAAAUUUCACCAAGUAAUUGUAAAUAGUCGAUCGCCUUGAAUUGGGGCACGUGGGUCCCUCGGCUACUAAUAUGAACAAUGUGUUUGUGAGGUUAUGUGUACGCCCAAGUGCCUGAUCAAUCCAGACCCCCUUUCCUAGACAUCGUUCGCCGGAAAAAAUCACGAAAGACACGAAACAUAGGAAAAUAAGAACCGAGAGGAUAGAAUUUAGUCUUUUUGGUUAGAUUAUUCACCGACAAUUAUUGAUUAUCGACGUAAUGUCAGAUCUGCAUUUACUAUUCAAAUACGCCACUGAAGAUAAUUAUUUCCAAUGGAUAUUAGUUUUGUAGUGAGGAAAGAUAAAGCGGCGUUGAUGCUUAAAGAACUCGAUUAAAGAGCUUCAUCAGAACAUGACAAGAAAACUAUUUUAAUAGGGUUGUCGAGAUGAAAAUGGUUGGAUAUGUUUGACUAGGCUGAGCAAUUACAGAAGUCUUACUGCACAUCAUUUGAGGUUGUAUUGUGAUGGAGAGAAUCAUGGUUUCGGGAAGGUGUGUUCAGAAACGAGGGAUUCUUCGUGAUUUUGUUGAAUAUUUUUGAUGAGUUCUUUAGACAUGACCCCAAUGAAUGCACAUAAUUACAAUUUUGAAUUAUUUAAUUAAAAAAUGUAUUCACCAAAGAUCGGUACAGAUUUAGUUCAAUUUGUUAAUCAAUCAAUCCUUGAAGUACACUUUUGACUCCAUUGAUAGCUGCUUUCCACCUGGAACAUGACAAUUGAAGAAAUAAAUGUAUUUACUUUUUUAUUAAUCGCAAUUAAUUUGUUUAAUUUAUUUCAUUCAGAUUGUAGAUUGAUUUCAUUAAUGUCAUAGCGUAUAUUGAAAAACAUCAUUUAGAGAGAACAUAAUUCAUUAAUAAUUAAACUUUAUUAUUUAAUCUCUACUUACAAUUUAGUAUUCGUGGCACUGCUUAUUUUUGCCCUGAACUCCAAAUUUGCGGAAUGUCUCAUUGAUUUGAUCUGUAAAUGAAAAAGUCAUAGUUGUAAAGAUAUUGCUAAGGAAUUUCGUGAGGAAGCUAAUGUUUAUGGUAAUUUCAGUGAGGGCAAGUACUAAUCAUACUUGGUAAGUCAUAAUAGCGUAUAUGUUGAUAUCAUCAUGAAUGAGUAGUUAUUGACAGAAUUUACAACUCAAGUAAUCAAGGAGUUCUAACAGGAAAACAAUUCGUAUUACUCGAGAAUAGGAAUUAUCUUUGUGAUCAGAAAAAAAUUAGGUUAUGUAGAUUAGGAAAGAAAAAUUAAUUUUGUAAAAAACAUUGUACUUUAAUAAUUUUUACCGUGAGAUAUUUUUCUUUCAUAAAACUUGUUUAAGAAAAGGCUUUUCGAAAAAUGAGUCUCGAAAUCAUCGAAUGUUACCGAUCAAAUCGUUGUUAAUUAAUUUAUAUUAGUGAAUAUUUACCUGCUGAAUGUCGCCCCUAUCAGGUCAUCUGUAACGACAAGAGAAACGAUUUAAUAACUGUCCCAUUGUGAUUGGUGAAUAAAAAAUUGAUUGAUAAUUUUAUCAGAGUCCUAGUGAACAUCAAGACUGAUUUCAGUAAUAUGCUUGUCAAUUGUAAACAUCAUGUAAAUUGGAAUGGAUGAAUAAAUUGAUAAAUUUAACAAAUUUUAA